AUGCAGAGCCUCAUCCAAGAUGGAAGUGUGGAGAACUGUGGAGCGCUCUCCAGUGCCAGCUACCGGGGCCGGGAGUUCCUGGCUGUGUUCCCACAGAAUGAUGACAAGUCCCCCAGUGCGCUCCUGCAGCUGCUGCUCACCUCCUAUGGCCCUGCUGACACCCAGGUGUCAGUGAUGCUUCAUGGCAGCUUCUUCACACAGAAUGUCACCCUGAGGCCAGAUGUCACUGUGCCCUUGCCUCUCCCCUCCAACCUGGAACUCACUGGAAGCCGCACUUCCCAUAAAACGUUGGUGGUCCAGGCCAGUGCUGACAUCUCCGUGGUGGCUGUCAGCACCAAGAGCUACACCGUGGGUGCCACUGCCCUCCUGCCUAUGGAGGGUCUGGGCACCAGGUACUACGUGGUGACACCUCUUGGGAACUACACUCAUGGCCUGACCGAGUUUGUGGUGGCUGCCAGCGCUGCCACCACUGCUGUCAGCAUCACCACCACUGCCACUUUCCACUAUGCUGGGGCCACCUAUGUCCCCGGCACUGUGCUCCGCCUGUUCCUGCAGCCCUACCACAGCUUGCAGCUCCAGAGCAGCCAGGACUUCACUGGCACAGUCGUGGUGGCAGACACCCCUGUGGCCGUCCUCAGUGGCCACACCUGCGUCAAAGUGUCUGCUGGCUUUGAUUUUGUGGUUGAGCAGCUCCUCCCAAUGACAGCAUGGGGGAGGAGCUACAUGGUGCCACCCAACCCGCUGCAGACAGACAUUGACUUUGUUUAUGUGGUGACGGAUGAAGACAACACCAUCACCUACAACACCGGGAGUGGGAAUGCCACUGUGGCCAUGGUGGCAGGGGAGGUGCAGACACUUGUGGUGAACCGUAACUCGCACCUGUACAUCAGUGCGGUGGUGGCAGUGCAGGUGGUGUUUUUCUUCAGUGGGUCAUCUUGGCAAGAUCCCUUCCUCCUUGUUGUCCCACCUGUCACAGCCCACUGCACUGCGUUCCGCUUCAGCAGCCUGCCCGGCCAUUAUAACCAUGCCAUCCUGAUUGCACCCACCACUGCCACUGCCACCACCACCCUCAACCAUCGGCCAGACAACACCGUGGCAUGGCAGGCCAUUCCAGGCACAGAUUUCUCCUGGGCCAGCAUCACCGUGAGUGCAACGAUGCAGAGUGCUGAGAACUCGCAAGUGCCUAUUGGCCUCCUGGUGUUUGGGUUCCAGAGUCACACUGGAUAUGGCUUCCCUGGGCUCUGUGCUGCCAUCCCCACACCACUCUCCUGUGAGGAUUUGGUAUGCGAGGAGAGGUGUGACAUGGUGGAUGGACUACCAGAGUGCGUGCAGGAGACUUUCUCCACCUGUUGGCUCGCUGGUGGGCCACACUGCCGGAGUUUUGAUGGAAAAACCUUUGAUUUCAUGGGAACGUGUACCUACACCUUGACCACCAUCUGCAAUCCCGAUCCCACUCUUCCUGCCUUCUCUGUUGAGGUCAAAAAGGAGGAAAAGGAGAACCCCAAAGUUUCCUCCAUUGGCUCCAUCACCAUCCAUGUUGACAACAUCACUGUCACUGCUGCCCAGUCAGAGAAUGGGAUGGUGAGGGUGAACAACCACCGCUCGCACCUCCCCAUCUCCCUCUCCCAUGGGAAGCUCCGCAUCUACCAGAAGGGCAAAUUCAUGUUGAUCCAAUUGAAUUUCAACCUGAAGGUCCUCUACAACUGGGAUGAUCAUGUAGUGAUCAAGCUUCCAGCUACUCUUUCUGGAAAAGUCUGUGGAAUGUGUGGGAACAACAAUGGGGACCCUCGAGAUGACGGUCAUUCUCCUGGUGGAAUACAGGUGUGGGAUAUUGUGGAGCUGGGGAGAAGCUGGAAGGUGGCCAGUGAGAGUGGCCGCUGCCAGGACACCUGCGAUGGUGACUGUGGGCGGUGCAGAUGGGAGCAGGAGGUGAUAUACAAGGCAGAGACCUGGUGUGGGAAGUUGUCCCAACAUUCUGGGCCAUUCCAGUCAUGUCAUGACACUAUCAGUCCUAAUAUCUAUGUGAAGAACUGUAUCUAUGACCUGUGUGCCAAUGAGGGGCGCCAUGACGUGCUGUGCCACGCCCUCCAGAUCUAUGCCGAUGACUGCCAGGAGGAGGGGAUCAACGUUUCCGAUUGGAGGACGGCAGUGGGAUGUCCUCUCACUUGCCCACCCAACAGCACCUACAGCACCUGUGGCCUCGCCUGCCCUGCCACCUGCAACAUCCCUGCUGUGUCAUCCAGCUGUGCUGCAGUCACCACCUGCAUGGACACCUGCGUGUGCCAUGAGGGCCUUGUCCUUGACGCCAACACCUGCAUACCCCCCUCUGAAUGUGGCUGUGUCUUUCGGGGUCUCUUCCAUGGCCUUGGUGAGGAAUUUCGGGGUGACGUCACCUGCACCCAAUGCUGCGUUUGUGACGUGGUGCAGCGGCAGGUGGUGUGCUGGGAUUCCGGUUGCGGCACCAAGGAGGAAUGCCGGGUGGAGGAAGGGAUCCAGGAUUGUUAUCCCAAAAUUUUUAGGGUCUGCCUGGCUGUUGGAGCCACCCACUACGAGACCUUUGAUGGCAAGAGGUUUAUCUUCCAGGGGACAUGUGUCUACCUGUUGGUUGGGUUAUGUGAGGACAUCCAAAAUUUGGUGGGAUUCCAGGUCUUGGUGCAGAAUGGCCACCGGAGUGACAACCUCAUAUCAUCCAUCGGUGUGGUGACAGUCAAAGUCUACAACAAAACCAUCAGCAUCAGCAGGGACCACCCUGGAAAAAUCAUUAUUGAUGAGCAGUUGGUCAAUCUCCCAUAUUACUACAGUGAAAGGAAGAUUGUUGUCUACCGUGAUGGGCAGGACGCGGUGGUAGAGACCAAUUUUGGCCUCGUUGUUACCUACCACUGGUACAGCCACGUCACCGCCACGGUGCCCAGUGGCUUUGCCAACGCCCUGUGUGGGCUCUGUGGGAGCUACAAUGGUGCCGCCAGUGAUGACAUGAUGAUGAGGAACAACCAUGUGACAUCAGACCCAGAUGCCUUUGGGAACAGCUGGAAGGUCACAGAUGUCCCAGGAUGUGGUGAGAGGUCAACAGUGGAAUGUUCCAGCACUGCUGCAUCUUCCCGGCUGCAACAGGAAGUAUCUGGGAUGGGGUGUGAAAUUAUUUUGGAAACAGAUGGACCCUUUAGAGCAUGUCAUGGUCAUGUUGAUGCCCAGCAGUACUUCCAGAGCUGCAUCCAUGACUCCUGCCUGUUCCCUGAUCAGGAAGAAGGGAUGUGUCCAAUCAUUGCCCUCUACGCCACCACAUGCCAGGCUGCUGGUGUGUCCAUUGGGAGGUGGAGGACAGAUAAUUUCUGCUAUAUUCCCUGUCCUUCAAACAGCUCCUAUGAGCUCUGCUCGCACACCUGCCAGCACACCUGCGGCGCUGACUCUGCCACGUGCCCAGGGCGGUGCCGCGAGGGCUGCACAUGUCAGGACGGCUUCAUGCUCAGCGGUGACGAGUGUGUCCCCAUGUCCCACUGUGGCUGCAGCCACCACGGAGUCUACUACAAGGAGGGGGAGACAUUCCACCCCACAGAGCAGGAGAUGUGCCAGUGCCUCUCCAAUGGCACUGUGGAGUGCCAAAAUACCACCUGUCCUGAUGGUGGCCCCGGGAAGGUCAUCAGUGGUGUCUUCCAGUGUCCCUUGCAGGCAUCCAGCACCUGUGUGGCCACAGGUGACCGCACCUAUGUCACCUUUGAUGGGAUGGCCUUCAACAUCACUGGUACUUGUUCCUACAUCCUCACCCAGACCUGCACAGUUGACAAUGUGACAUCAUUUAUUGUCACAAUCCAGAAGGAGGCACGGCAGAAGGGGAAGGUCUCCGGGAUAAAAGCGUUGUCUGUGGAAGUCUAUGGGGUCACCCUGACCUUGAAACAAGGAAGGGGGGAAGAUGUCAUGGUGGAUUCCAUCUCCCACCACCUCCCCACCAUCCUGAGCAAGGGACAGGUCCAGGUCUACAUACAUGGGACAGGUGUCCUGCUCCACACUGACUUUGGCCUCUUUGUCCACUACGACCUCAUCCAGCAUGUGAUGGUCACGGUCCCCCAGACCUACAUGGGGCGCGUGUGUGGCCUCUGUGGCAACUACAAUGGCCAACGCCGUGAUGAUUUCCAGCUCUCCAGUGGCCGGCAUGCUCCAGAUGCAACAGCCUUUGGAUCUGCAUGGAAGACAAUGGAUACACCUUGCGAUGACACCUGUGCCAAGGAUGAGUGUCCCACCUGCACAGAGGAGAAAGUGGCUGUCCUCCAAAAACCCAACUAUUGUGGCCUUCUCACGGCCCCUGAAGGUCCCUUUGGCUCCUGCCAUCGCGUGAUCGACCCCAUCCCAUAUUCCCAAUCUUGCAUCCAUGACCUCUGCAUGACAGGAGGGGACACGCAUGUCCUGUGCCAGAAUAUCCAGAGCUAUGUCACCGUGUGCCAAGAUGCCGGAGUCAUUGUGGGGACUUGGAGGACACCAUCCUUCUGCCCCCUUGCCUGCCCAGCCAACAGCACCUACUCCCUUUGCACCAACACCUGUGCUGGAAAUGCCACCACCUGUCCCCAAACAUGCACUGAGGGCUGCCAGUGCCACCUGGGCUUUGUCUUUGAUGGACACAGAUGCAUUCCUGAGAAGUAUUGUGGAUGCUUUAGGGAUGGGGAAUACUAUAAGCCCCAUGAGAUGCUUUUCAGGGAUCACUGCCAGCAGUGUUGCACCUGUGUCCCUGGCCAGGGCCUUACCUGCCAUGAGCACACUUGCACUGAGGACGAAUCCUGUGAAAUCCGGGAAGGGGUCUUGGGAUGCAUCAAUAAAAACCCCUGCAAGUCCCUGCGCUGCCGCCCCAAGGAGCGCUGCCGGCCCCGCGGUGCCCAAUCCCACUGCGUCCCAGCCCUGGUUGCCACGUGCUGGGCAUGGGGUGACCCACACUUCCGCACCUUCGACGGCCUUGACUUUGACUUCCAAGGAACCUGCACCUACACCAUGGCCGAAUCCCAUGGCAAUGACCCUGGGCUGGUGCCCUUCAGGGUUGAGGCCAAGAACGACAUCCGUGGCGGGAUCCAAUCUGUGUCCUAUGUCUCUUUGGUCAAUGUCGACGUCUAUGGACAACGCGUCUCCUUCCGCCGGAAUGACGACGGAAAAGUCUGGGUGAAUGGGGAGGUGACGCUGCUCCCAGUGCUCCUGGCAGAUGGGAAGGUGCGGGUCCGUCCCAGUGGGCUCCGUGUUGCUCUGGAGACAGAUUUUGGUUUCCAUGUGUCCUACGACUGCAACUGGCACCUCCUGAUUGACCUCCCCAGCAGCUACUUCCGCCAUGUCCGCGGCCUCUGCGGGAAUUUCAAACUCAAGCCCCUCGACGACAUCCCCGAGGCUGGUGACAACAUCACUGCUGUCGUCACAUGGGCCAAAAGCUGGAAAAGUACUGACUCUGAGGCCGACGACCCGAUGUGUUGGGAUUAUUGUGAUGGAGUAUGCCCAGUGUGUGAUGAGAAGAAGGAGCUUUAUGGUGGGAACCAGUAUUGUGGGAUCAUCAAAAAAUCCUUCCAGGGGCCCUUCAGAGCAUGUCAUGACUUAGUGAAGCCUCACGACUUCUAUCGCAACUGCGUCCUAGAUGUAUCCCACUCCCUAUCCUGCAUUUUUGAGACUCUGGCCACAGAGUUCCAGGCCUUUAUCCUUGUGUCCCAGACCUCAUUCUGUGCAUUCCAGACUCCAUGCCGCAUGGCCCAGAUGCUUGCCACAUGGCUCAGACCUCAUCCAGCUUGUCCCAGUCUCUUCACACAUUUCCCAGACCUUCCUCCUUACAAUCCAGACAGUUGUUGUUUUGCAGACCCUUCUCCAUUUUUGAGACCCUUUCCCAAUCCCCACCCACUCUACUGAAUGCUGUCCACUCCCCUAAUCCCUCCCUCACUCCAGUUUCCUCCCCCUGCAGCCUUACCUUGCCCUGAAAACAGCCACUAUGAGCCCUGUGGCAAUGCCUGUCCAGCCACCUGCUCCGACUGGGACAGUCCAGCCACCUGUGACCAGCCCUGCAUGGAGACCUGUGCCUGUAACACCGGUCACGUGCUCAGUGGCGGAGAGUGUGUGCCAGUGUCCCGCUGUGGCUGCACCCGUGAUGGCCGCUACUACCGUCCUGGCGAGGAGUUUUGGGGUGAUGACACCUGUCGCUCCAGGUGCAGGUGUGACACGGAGCUGGGAAUGGUGGUGUGCGAGGACUCCGGGUGUAAGCCGGGUGAGGUGUGCGUGGUGGUGAAGGGCGUGCGGCGGUGCGUGGCCAACAGCCGCUCCAUCUGCGUGGCCACUGGUGACCCCCACUACACCACCUUCGAUGGGCGCCGCUAUGACUUCAUGGGUACCUGUGUGUACCUGUUGGCUGGGCUCUGCUCCACUGAUCCCACCCUCAUCCCCUUUGCUGUCACUGUGGAGGACAAUCACCGUGGCAGCCACCUGGUCUCUUUCACCAAGGUGGUCACCAUCGAGGUGUACAACAUGACCCUCAGCCUCAGCCAGGAACAUCCCCAGAAGGUCAAGGUUAAUGGUGUCCUGUUGGACCUUCCCUUCAGCCACAACCACCAGCUCCAGGUGUCCCUCCGUGGCAUCCAUGGCUUCAUCAACACUGACGUGGGUGUCACUGUCACCUUUGACUGGUACAGCUACGCCCGUGUCAUCAUCCCCAACACCUACGCCGGUGCCGUCUGCGGCCUCUGUGGCAAUGACAAUGGCGACCCCCAUGAUGAUUUUGUUACCCGCAAUGGCCACCGUGCUGACAACGAGACCCACCUGGGGGACAGCUGGAAGGUCGGCGAUGUCCCUGGGUGCUCACCUGGGUGCGGUGAGGGCUGCCAGGUGUGCAGCGACGCCCAGAAACGUGCCUACCGUGGGGACAAGCACUGCGGGCUGCUGGGGAAGAAACGGGGGCCCUUUGCCGCCUGCCACGAUGUCAUCGACCCCGCCCCUUACUUGGAUGACUGUCUCUUUGACGCCUGCCUGUACGAGGGACACCAGGACACCGUGUGCCAGGCCAUCGGCGCCUACGUCGCUGCGUGCCAGAGCCAGGGCGCUGCCGUGCGGCCCUGGCGCACAGCUGCCUUCUGCAGCCCCGUGUGUCCCCCAAAUCAGCACUAUGAGCUCUGCGGCUCCCCCUGCCCCCCCACCUGCCAAGGGGAAGUUGGACCUCAGGACUGCUCUGAUGCCUCCACAUGCUCUGAAGGUUGUUUCUGCGAUCCUCUGGAUUUUUCCGGAGCGGGGAUCACUGCGUGGCCCUCCCCCAGUGUGGCUGUGUUUUGGAGGGCCGCUACUACCCCCAGGGGGUGCAGUUUUACCCGGAGCCCCCCUGCACUCAGCGCUGCGUCUGCUCUGAAAAUGGGGGGCUGGAGUGUCACCCCACUGCAGGCUGCUCCAGUGAUGAGGAGUGCAUAGUGCAGG